GGCUUAGCAUGAGCACAGCACCAAGGACAGAAGCUGCAUUUACCCUGGACAACCAAGGCAAAGCAGAACACAAUGAUUCACAUUCGGCCCUCUAUUACCUCUUUCAUGAAGUUUCCAAGCUUGCAACACCAAUCCACAAAAGUUUGUUUGACACAAAUCCUGCUUCCAAAAAACCUAGUGAGGCAUCAGUUGGUAAUAAUUGCAUAACUGAAAAGGAAGAGCGAGCCACUUCCAACCCUUCAGAGGAUCCGUCAGGAGGAAAAGACGGGGAUGAACAUUUAUUCCAAUCCUCUUGCAGUUCUCACCGACACAGUUUGUGUUGCAUGAUACCAAACAGCCCCUGGAAAGUGCUGAGUCUAAUCAACCUGCACUGUGAUAGGCUACGUCAUGAUAAAGAUGCUGAGGAGGCGGGCCUCAGUUUAGGAUCAUCUUCAAGAGUCAGUCACUUGAAUGCGAAAUUUGCAACUGCAUCGCCAGUCACAACAAAGAGGGGAAAUACAGAAGACAGUCUUGAGAGCACUUCAGGGCUGUCACUUCAACUCUGUGAGAGACAGAAAUCUCCAGCAUCUGUGGUGGAUUUGAAAAUGGGUAGCUCUGAAGAGGUUGUAGAAGAUUCUGGUGAGGGUUGUAGCCUGCAGAUACAUUCUGCUGAGAAAACAUCUGCUCAUGCUGUAGCUUUGUGUGAAUGCAGCUCAGCAGUAACUUUGCAGUCUCUGCAAAGUUACAGGGAGAAGCCAAGUGUUGGCAAACAGCAAUCAUUGAUCCAGGAGUGCAAGAGGGUCUGGUUUCUUACUGAAAAGGAUCAUUUGAAUGUAUUGUUUCCUGAAAAUGCUUUGCAGCAAGCACAAACCUCCAGUGUAUGUUCUACUGCCCAGAGUACUUUCAGUUCAACCUAUAUGGAGUGCACAGAUGUGCCACAACCAGUGCUAACACUAGACCACAAUGCAAAUGUUACUUUAUCUACAGAGAAACCAUGUAACACCCAGCUACCUCCUACCAGUGCAGGUCUGGUCUCACUGCAAUCGGGACAAUAUGAUCAAUUUUCAGCAUCUAAAACUGAAUGCUGUCAUGUUCCCCAGGAAGAAAGCCACCCUGUAGCUGACUAUUCAACAGUCUCUAGCUGUAGCUUGUCAUAUGCAACAGAUAUUUGGAAGGUGAGCAAUGAUGAAAAAGAUCAGCUUUCUACCAACAAAUGUAGAACCAAGACCCGACGGAAACAGCCUCACCCCUCUCGCAGCGCUGAUAGUCAGGACCCAGACUUCCAGGGUGUAACUUUCAGGAUAGACACAGAGCUGGAUGACAACAGGCAACAGUGUCGGCUUCUCAUUACUUCAAACAAGGAGCCCUGCAAAAGUGUGAGGAAACCAAAGCUGAGGACACGGGCAUUGCAGAAAACCAGAAGUUCAGAUGAGGAGACUGACCACACAACUAAUAUCAAUAAAGGAAAAGUCUGUGCAUCCUGCUACACAAGGAAGACCCCCAUGUGGAGGGAUGCAGAGGAUGGGACUCCUCUCUGUAAUGCUUGUGGCAUAAGGUAUAAGAAAUACCGAGUCCGCUGUGUCAAAUGUUGGCAUAUUCCCCGGAAAGAGGGCAACUCCAGCUCGCUCUGCAUCAGGUGUGGAAAUUUGGUGAAACUCACCUCAGCUCAGCGGAAACAUUCUUCUUAGGCUGCACACACAUGUCGGUUUUUUAUGUUUAUUCUCGGUAAAGCUAGGAAAGAACGAGGUCAGAGCUGCUUCUUUUACAGUUGUUUACAGUUAAGCGCAGGUAACGAUGCAAAAAAAAAAAAAGUUUGAAAAGAGUUGUAAAAUGCUUUACAAUUGUUGUCAGAGCAUAAAGUGAAGAAUUGAUGCCAGUUUGUGCAUCUUUAUUUGUAUGCAUCAAGUGUGAUGGUGUUUAGACAGUGUUUUGUGUGUGUAAAUAGAAACAUUUACUUAUAUGGAGAUUGAAACUUUUGUGGACAAGCUGUAACUCAUGUAGUCUCAAAAACAGGAUGCUGAAAGAUUGCUGAAACGUAUUGCAGAAAGUUUACCUUUAUUACUGCUGAUAUCUCUUGUCAUUUAACUUUGUUUUUCUGUGUAAUGACUAUUAGUUAUGCCUGGUGGCUCCAGUAAUUAAUGGUAAUAUUUGCUGAUAUUAACUUCAAAAACAAUUUAUUGCCUCUGACCCUGACAGUGACUCUGUUUGCUAAACCCAGUGGGUAAACAUGCACAAGUUACAUUUUAUUUUGUCUUGUCAUAUUUGUCGGUUGCACUUGUUGGCAAAAUACAUUUUGAAGGCUGAAGUGGUGCACUUUCUGUUGCCUCUGAGAAAAAAAACAAGCAGUUAUUUUGUGUGGUUGCGUGUGCUUUGGUCUGUAGUAAAUUCAAAAAGAAAUAUCUGAUA